GAUCAGUGUCAUGUGUGUGUCCCCCUGUGAAGACAGUGUCACCAGGUCUUUGUUCUGCAUCUGAGGAUCUGGCCUGAGGCACUGGCAUGGGCUCUUGGGCUACACUGAUCCUUGGACUUGCCUUGUGUCUGGAGCAGAGGAUAUGGGCACACUAUGGGUCACUAGUCGAGCCUUCCAUCUGGGCAGUCCCAGGAUCUGUGAUUCCUGUGGGGAGCUCUGUGACCAUCUUCUGCAGGAUCCCUCAAGGGGUGAUGAAAGUGCGUCUGUAUUGUGCAGAACCUACACCAGAGCUGUAUACCCCAACCAUACAGGGAGCCCAGGACCUGGCUGAGUUCUCGUUCUUGCAUGUGACACACGUCAAGGCAGGGAGUUACUACUGUGAAUACUGGGAUGAAAGGCACAUUUUUGAGCGCAGUGACAAACUCAGGCUUGUGGUCACAGGUAUCUACAAACAAAGCCCGUCUCUGAUUGUCCAGUCAGACCCUGAGAUGGGAUGGAGAGGAAUUGUAACUCUCAUCUGUCAGACACCUGAUUUCCAUAGCUUCAUUUUGUGCAGAGCCAGAGGGCCUUCCUUCCCCCAGAACUGUUCACGUCAGAACCACAACACGUUCUUCAUCUUCCCUGGGAGCCUGGUGGAAAGGACAAUCUAUACAUGCUAUGGCUCUCCUGAUGAAACAUCCUAUCUCUGGUCACUGCCCAGUGAUCCCUUUGAGCUUCCAGUCACGGCGUCUUCAAUUUCAGAUUAUCAAACACAGAAUAUCAUCCGGUUGAGUCUGGCUGCCCUUCUUCUGUUAACCCUUGGGGCUUUAUUGCUGGAAUAUUGGAAGAGCAGAAAUCUGCAUGGGGCAUCCAGUGAUCUCUCAGCUGGGAGCCUAACUAUGCCUCCCUAA